ACAUGAAACAUUCUGAAGGAAGUGUUCUGUGCUCUCCGCCGACGUGAACUGUGAUGACCCUUCUGCCACAGCACCCUCUCUUUUGACCUGGGUUGGUUGAACAUCUUGGCCAUGUACAGUUAUAAUCUCCACCUGGCAGAAGUCAGAAGAGGACUGGCCACUCCUCAGAGCCUGGUUUGGACCUUGAAGCUGGAGACAGCCAGAGUCUGGUUCUUCUGCCACAGCACCCUCUCUCUUGACCUGGGUUGGUUGAACAUCUUGGCCAUGUACAGUUAUAAUCUCCACCCGGCACAGUCAGAAGAGGACUGGCCACUCCUCAGAGCCUGGUUGGGACCUGAACCCUGUUUCGUCACAGUCGUAGACGAGGUGUGGUUUUUGUCUUUAAAAACCAUGCUUGACGUAGACGGUCUCGUGGCAUUGCUCAACAAGACCCUGGGCCCGCUCCAAAUGGUCUGGAAUUCUAGUGUUCAGUUCAGGGUGGCGAACUCGGAAACUGGACCACAAGUUAUUGCUCAACCCCCUCUUCAGAUUUACAAUGGUCGGUCGGCCACUUACUUUGAUGAUGGCUCGAGCCAAGAGCUUGACCACAGUCCGGCUCAAAGGGACAAGCUGGCGCAACAAGCUGGCGCUACUCUUCCGGGGUGAGGGCCAGGUUGGAGUGAGGGGAAUUGGGAUAUUUCUUAUUUUUAUCAUCUUGGUGUAUUUCCUAAUAGUCCCUAACUCUUGGGCCAACUCAGCUACGCUCCUCCCCACCACCAGCUCCUCAAGAACAGCCUCAGUCGUCUCAGGACCUGAGCCCUAGGACCAUACGUCGGGACUACCGGCCGUGGUGACUCCUUGCUGCCCCCAGUCCGCCUGGCCUUGCUGCUAUUCCAGUUUCAACUCUUCUGCCUGCGGUUAUGGAACCCCUACCUGUCCCAGACCUGCUGUUUUCAACUCUUAAUGAUCGGCUAUGAAAAGCCAACUGAGAUUUAUUCCUGAUUAUUAUUUGACCAUGCUUGUCAUUUAUGAACAUUUUGAAAAUCUUGGCUCUCUCUAAUUUUCUCCUUCUCUCUUUCUUUCUCUCGGAGGACCUGGGCCCUAGGACCAUGCAUCGGGACUGCCGCCCGUGGUGACUCCUUGCUGUCCCCAGUCCGCCUGGCCUUGCUGCUAUUCCAGUUUCAGCUGUUCUGCCUGCGGUUAUGGAACCGCCACCUGUCCCAGACCUGUUGUUUUUCAACUCUUAAUGAUCAGCUAUGAAAAGCCAACUGAAAAUUAUUCAUGAUUAUUAUUUGACCAUGCUUGUCACUUAUGAACAUUUUUGAACAUCUUGGCAUAGUUCUGUUAUAAUCUCCACCCGGCACAGCCAGAAGAGGACUGGCCACCCCUCAUAGCCUGGUUCCUCUCUAGGUUUCUUCCUAGGUUUUGGCCUUUCUAGGGAGUUUUUCCUAGCCACCGUGCUUCUACACCUGCAUUCUAGCUGUUUGGGGUUUUAGGCUGGGUUUCUGUACAGCACUUCGAGAUAUUAUCUGAUGUACGAAGGGCUAUAUAAAAUAAAAUUGAUUGAAAUUGAGCUCAGCAUUCAACACCAUAGUACCCUCCAAGCUCAUCAUCAAGCUGGGAGUCUGGGAGACCCUGGAUCUCAACCCCUCCCUGUGCAACUGAGUUCUGGACUUUCUGACGCCCCCAGGUGGCGAAGGUAGGAAAAAACAGCUCCACUUUGCUGAUCCUCAAGAAACGUUGUCUCACUGUCAACUGAGUUUAUUUUCAGCAAACUUAACAUGUGUAAAAAUGUUGUAUGAACAAAACAAGAUUCAACAACAGACAUAAACUGAACACGCUCCACAGACAUGUGACUAACAGAAAUGGAAUAAUGUGUCCCUGAACAAAGGGGGGGUCACAAUCAAAAGUAACAGUCAGUAUCUGGUGUGGCCACCAGCUGCAUUAAGUACUGCAGUGCAUCUCCUCCUCAUGGACUGCACCAUAUUUGCCAGUUCUUGCUGUGAGAUGUUACCCUACUCUUCCACUAAGGCACCUGCAAGUUCCCAGACAUUUCUGGGGGGAAUGGCCCUAGCCCUCACCCUCCGAUCCAACAGGUCCCAGACGUGCUAAAUGGGAUUGAGAUCCGGGCUCUUCGCUGGCCAUGGCAGAACACUGGCAUUCCUGUUGUUAGAGCCGAUUUGGGCAUAUUUGUAUAAAAGACUGAACAUACUGAGCUCCAUGUACAUUUGUGUAAAUAUAUUAAAUAGUAAUGUAUAUGAUGAAAUAUUAGGUACGUACCUUUAUGAUUUAUUUACCGGAUUGAGAUAUAUUCAUUUGUUAUUAGUGUAACUCAGUUUUUGGCCCCCCCUCUUGCCCAUUCAUUGUACUGUGUUAAUUGUGUUAGUAUAAAGGCAGGAAGUUGGGCCUUCGGGGGGGGGGGGAGUCCUUGCUAGAUGCGGGAGCGGUAUAGUUUUUUGACCAUAUAGACAUAUAGACAUACAGACAUACAUACAGAAAGACAGACAGGUCAUAUUAUAUUAUGUAUUUGCAUUUCAAGUAAUCUCUGCUUUAAGUUGAUUGGAGAAUACCUUUUUGUUAGAUAAGAAGAAUAAACAUUUUUUGUUGCACCAUAUCCCUGGAUCUCAUUGAAUGUUUGGCCGUUUGGAAACGUUAAGUGUGGACUGUAUGCGUCCGAAACAACCCCGCUUCAGGCUUGGGCAGUGGCUAUGGUAAAGAGGAAAGGAAGCCACUACAAUCAAGUCAAAAAACUCCGUGAAGGAUUACUACCGGAAGGAAAUCUCCGGUUCGGACACACGCUGGAUUUUGUUAUUUUUGUAAUUGCAUUCGGACCAUAAGGACAGCUCGCUUGGAAGGAUUUGAACUCCUAGAUUUCGCCAGCCGUGAGUAACCACUGCGAAUGAAUGAGCUGCCCUGUUCAAUGCGAUCGUUUGAUCAUGCAUAUUAUGGAAGCGCAAAUGUGCUUAUAAUUGGAAUGUUUGAUAAACUUGGGAAUGGAAUUCAAAAUACAGCGCUGUGAAAACAAUUAAGAAGUUUAAGUUUGGGAAACACAGAUCCUAUGCACAAUGUAGCCUAAUCAUAUAUCUAAUAUUUGGCCUAACGUGGAAAUGCAAUGCAUCAACGCAACGAAUGCAACUUAAGGAUCUAAAGAUACUGCGUGUUAACUUCAUUAAAGGGACAAAACCUCAACGGGAUGAAAUGUUUAAAACGCAUCUAAAAUGCCAAACUUGCACAUGUGCAAUUCAAAAUGGGUCAAUAUGCUGAAAUGGAUGACUGUGUUUUUAAAGAUUAAAGGAGGUCUAAAGGGGCAUUACGUUUAACAAUCAAACCAACAACCGUGUCAUUGUAAAUUGAGUGAACUAAAAGUGAAUGAUGGAGGUGGAAAUAUGGAAAAAGGCUGAAGUUGAGCCACAAACGCUCAUUGAACCACAUGACAGCAUUUCCAAUGUGUCAAAAAUAUCAAGUAAAACUAAGUAUUCUAAGACUGCUUCCUCAGUGUCCUCUGAACGCCUUAAAGCCGAGGCAGAACGAGCAGCUCUACUAGCUCGCCAAGCAUCAUUACAAGACAAGCAUGCAUUGGAACUGGAGAAAGCUCAACUGAAUGUUAGGAUGGAAAAAAUGGCACUGGAAACGGACAUAGCAGCAUAUAAUGCCAAACUGAAGGUCCUGGAGAGUACUGAGUCAACUUCUCAAUCCCAUUCUGUGGCAGCCCAUUUACUAAGCCAAGAAGAUGGAAUGAACUCUUAUUUUGAGAAACAGGAACCAGAGGUCUAUGUGGAACCUGAACCAUCACCUGUUGAGUUUGCUGCAUUAGGUGCAGUUCCAAAGACCCCACUACAAAGAGUUUUACAACAACCGACCACAAAGCCAUCAAACCCUAUUCCGAAAACAGUCGUAAACCACACUCUUCAGCAGCCAACAGCAAGGUCUAGCAAUCAACACAGAAUCAACACUGCGGGUAUCAGCCAUAAUACCAGCCAUGAUAACCUCUCUACUGUCAUGCAAAGGCAGAAUGAAAUUGCUGACCUCCUUGUACUACAGCACAAACAGGCCACACUCCCUGUUAGGGAGAUACCUAUGUUUGACGGUGAUCCUCUAAACUUUAGGCCAUUCAUGCGUGCAUUUGAGCAUGGUAUAGAAGAUAAGACAAGCAGUCACCAGGAUAGGCUCUAUUACCUGGAACAAUACACCUCUGGUCAGCCCAAGGAUCUGGUCCGUAGUUGUCUGCAUAUGGAAGCCAGAAGAGGCUAUGCAGUAGCUAAGAGGUUGUUAAAGGAACACUUUGGCAAUGAAAUCAAAGUCACCACUGCUUACAUGGAAAAGGCUUGGAACUGGACAAACAUCAAACCCGAUGAUGGAAAGGGACUGGGUGGUUAUGCACUCUAUCUAAGAGGUUGCUGUAACGCUAUGCAAGACCUACAGAACAUGGAAGAGCUUAAUCUUCCCUCCAACAUAAAGCUGAUCAUGUCAAAACUUCCCUACAAACUAAGGGAAAAAUGGAGGUCUAUGGCAUGUGAUAUUUUAGAGAGAAGUCACCUGAGGGCCCAGUUCAGUGACCUGGUAACGUUCAUGGAAAAACAGGCCAAAAUACUGCAGGAUCCGUUGUAUGGAGAUAUUCAAGAUCCCCUGUACAACAAAAGGUUUUUAAAACCCAAAACAGAAGCUGACUUUAAACAGCAGUUCAAGUCCAAGAGUAGGGGAAGCAGCUUUGCCACUACAGUAGCUGUAGUGGCAGAUUGUGACUCUGAAAAACCUUUAAAAGAACAAACAUUCAAAGUAAAGAGACCAGGCACCUACCCUUCUGAUGCUCCCAGUAUCUCAUGUAUAUUUUGUGCUGGUGCGCAUUUAUUGGUCGACUGCCAACAGGUGAAGGCACAGCCACAUGAAUUCAAGGUUGAGUUUCUGAGAUCAAAAGGCCUUUGUUUUGGCUGUUUGAUGAGAGGACACUUAAGCAGAGAAUGUAAAAGAAGGAUGACCUGUCAGAGCUGUCAAAGAAAGCACCCCACUAUCCUGCACAUUGAAGGAAGAGAGAGAUUUAGAUCUCAAAAGGCAGAUAUGAGUGGUGUAGCAGUAAAGCGGGAGGAGACUGUCAGCAGUGCUCUUGUUUCACUGGAAGCUGGUGAAGAUACCGGGGCCGGUACAGAUUGUGCACUUGCAAUUGUGCCAGUUCAAGUAAAGGUGGCAAAUGGAAGCAAGUCUGUGUUAACCUAUGCGUUUCUCGAUUCUGGUAGCUCAGCAACAUUUUGUACGGAGAGACUCAUGAGGCAGUUGCAAGCUAAAGGCAGUGCGACUGAAAUUCUGCUACGCACAAUGGGGCAGGAGAGUCCUACCAAGAGCUUUGAGAUAUCUGGAUUAGAGAUUGGCAAUGUGGAAGGCGACACAUUUCUUGCAUUACCAAAGGUCUACACCCAACAUAAGAUCCCAGUGACAAGAGAGAACAUUCCCACUCAGAAAGAUCUCAAAAGGUGGCCAUACCUGAAAGAGGUUCAGUUGAAGGAGAUUGAUGCCGACGUCGAACUUCUGAUUGGCGUAAAUGCUCCAAAGGCAAUGGAACCCUGGCAAAUCAUAAAUAGCCAAGGCAACGGACCGUAUGCAGUGAAAACCCUCUUUGGAUGGAUGAUGAAUGGUCCUCUCAACAGUUGUACCAUGGCAGAAGAAUCUGGGCAUCCUACGGUGAUGGCCAAUUGUAUCUCAAUGGCCGACCUGGGGGUUCUUCUUGUAAAUCAGUACAACCAUGACUUCCCUGAGAGAGAGUAUGAAGAGAAAAGUGAGAUGUCAGCUGAGGAUCGUAGGUUUAUGGAGAUUGUAUCAAGCUCCAUAACCCUCAAAGACCAUCACUACUACUUACCGUUGCCCUUUCGCAACAAAGAUGUAGUCCUGCCAAACAACCGUGACAUGGCAAAGCAGCGGGCUCUAAAUAUUAUCAGGAAGUUCAAGAAGGACAAAGGUUACGCUGCAGAGUACAAAGGCUUCAUGGAAGAGAUGAUAACAAAAGGUUACGCCGAGAAGGUACCACAAGAACAGCUCCUCAGAGAGAAAGGCAAGGUAUGGUACAUACCACACCAUGGCGUUCACCAUAAGCGCAAAGGAACGAUACGAGUGGUGUUUUACUGUUCAUCAUCCUAUAAAGGUACAUCUCUUAACAGUGAACUCCUUCAAGGCCCUGACCUGGCAAACACGCUUAUAGGAGUCUUGCUAAGAUUUCGGCAAGAGCACAUUGCCAUGAUGGCAGACAUCGAAGGAAUGUUCCAUCAAGUACGUGUCCAUGAAGAUGACUUAGACUUCCUGCGAUUCCUAUGGUGGCCGGAUGGUGAUACUAACAAAAGAUUGGAGGAGUACAGAAUGACAGUACAUCUUUUCGGUGCUAUAUCCUCUCCAAGUUGUGCAAACUUUGCACUGCGGAAGACUGCAGAAGACAACUGUGAGGGGUACGAUGAAGAGGUGAUUCAAACAGUCAAGUCCAACUUCUAUGUUGAUGACUGCCUCAAGUCAGUGGCCACAGAAGAACAAGCCAUAGCUCUCACAAGAAACCUCAGGGAUGUGUGCUCUCAAGGUGGGUUCAAAUUGACCAAGUGGGUCAGCAACAGCCGCACUGUACUAGCUUCUAUCCCUGAUGAACACAAAGCCAAGCAGAUAAAAGAACUGGACCUGGACAGAGAAAAGCUGCCUGUUGAAAGAGCACUUGGAAUCCGAUGGAACAUUGAAAGGGAUGUGUUUAACUUCCAGGUCACUGUCAAGAACAGACCCCUUACAAGAAGAGGUAUUCUCUCAACUGUCAGCUCUAUUUAUGAUCCAUUAGGUUUCCUCGCCCCAUUCGUAUUAAAGGCAAAGCAAAUUCUUCAAGUGCUCUGCAAGCGUGGAUGGGACGAAGUUAUCCCUGAAGAACACUCUAUUUCAUGGAAGAGAUGGCUCUCAGAGCUGGACCAGCUCUCCAGAUUCCAGAUAGACAGGUGUAUGAUGCCUGAGAACUUUGGUCAAAUCAAGACCGCACAGCUGCAUCACUUCGGUGAUGCAAGUGAACAAGGUUAUGGCACGGCAAGCUACCUUAGGUUCACAAACGUUAUGGAAAAGGUCCACAUCGCAUUCAUACUGGGGAAAUCAAGGGUGACUCCACUCAAGCAGAUGACGAUCCCCAGACUGGAACUUGCUGCAGCAACAUUGGCAGUGCGAGUGGACAGGAUGUUAAGGUUGGAGCUCCAGAUUGAACUUGAGGAGUCAACUUUCUGGACAGACAGCCAGUCGGUGCUAAAAUACAUCCGCAACGAUACCAAGAGAUUCCAUACUUUUGUGGCUAAUAGGGUUGCUAUGAUCCGUGACCUAUCGAAAGCAAAACAGUGGAGGUAUUUGAACUCCAAACACAACCCAGCCGAUGAUGCCUCAAGAGGAUUACAUGUUGAAACUUUCCUGAACUCAAAGAGAUGGCGCAAAGGACCAGAAUUCCUGGAGAAAACAGAAACACAAUGGCCGAAAGUCCCCGAGGAGCUUGGCUCCAUCCCUCCAGAUGAUCCAGAGGUGAGAAAAGACGUCAUCGUAAACAGUACAUGUGUGGAAGAAAAGAGUCCGACCAGCAAACUGAUUGAGUACUAUUCAACAUGGAACAGCUUGAAGAAAGCAGUUGCCUGGAUGCUGAAACUGAAGAGACUUCUACUACAGUUAAGCCAGAAAAGGAAAGUUCUCACCCAAACUGAUCCAGGAUCAGAUCAGAGUCUGACAAACUCACUGAAGGAACAAAUUGACAAGUUCAAACUGACGUUUGGAAAAGAAAGUCUGUCUGUAGAUGACCUAGAUGAAGCAGAAAAGGUCAUCAUUCGAUUUGAGCAACGACAGCACUUUAAACAAGAAAUUGCACUAGUUGUAAAAGGAAAACAAUGUGCCAAGAGAAGCGGCUCAAUCUGUAAGCUUGAUCCAAUAGUUGACAAUGGCAUUCUGAGAGUAGGAGGAAGGUUAAGCAAAGCUGCUAUGCCUACGGAACUAAAGAAUCCUAUGAUCCUGCCCAAAGACUCCUACAUCUCCAGACUGAUCUUACUCCACAUCCAUGAGCAGGUUGGCCACUCUGGGAGAGGUCACAUGCUUUCUAGACUUCGCCAGCGAUAUUGGAUACCCUGUGCCAACUCCUUAGCAAGAAAGAUCCUUAAGAGCUGUGUCUUCUGCAGGCGGAUGCAAGCUAGAGCUGGAGAACAGAAGAUGGCUGACCUUCCACAAGAUCGGGUAGCACCUGAUUUGCCGCCUUUCACCCAUGUGGGCAUAGAUUACUUUGGCCCCAUAGAGGUGAAGCGAGGCCGCGUUCAUGUGAAGCGGUAUGGUGUGAUCUUUACUUGCCUUGUGAGUCGAGCUGUCCAUCUAGAAGUUGCUAGUUAUCUGGAUACUGAUUCCUGCAUCAAUGCCCUGCGCAGGUUCAUCUGUCGAAGGGGCCCAGUAACAAGUAUCAGAACAGACAAUGGCACCAACUUUGUUGGAACACACAGAGAGCUAGGAGAAGCUCUGAAAGAGCUGGAUCACAACAAGAUUCAAAAUAAAUUACUGAAGGAAGGAGUGACAUGGUCAUUCAACCCUCCCUCUGGAGCCCACCAUGGGGGGGUAUGGGAGAGGUUGAUCCGACUGGUGAAAAAGAUCCUCUAUUCAGUCCUUAAAGAGCAAGUACUGGAUGAUGAGGCUUUGCAGACAGCCUUGUGUGAAGUUGAGGCGAUUAUGAACGACAGACCAAUCACUACUGUAACAAAUGACCCUAACGAUCUAGAACCCCUGACUCCGAACCAUCUGCUUCAUCUGAAAGCAAAGCCAGUCCUGCCACCAGGACUAUUCCAGAGAAGUGACCUAUACUCACGAAGGAGAUGGAAGCAAGUACAAUAUAUCACUGACCUCUUCUGGAAGAGAUGGAUCAGGGAGUAUCUUCCACUUAUGCAGGAGCGGAACAAGUGGAACAAAACUAAGAGAAACUUCAGUCCUGGUGACCUUGUGGUCAUCGUCAAUGACACCGCCCCAAGGAACUCUUGGCUAAUGGGGCGUGUGGUGAAGGCUUUGCCAGGGGCCAAAGGUCUUGUCCGGAGCGUCAUGGUUAAGACUAAGACCAAUAUCUUACAGAGACCUAUCAAUAAACUCUGUCUGCUCCUUGAGGCGACGAAGUGAGACACACACACACACACACACAGUGCUCCAUCUUUGAAUCAUGUGCACCUCUGAUUCGUUGAUGUCGUACUCUUACAUUCUUUGAUGUCAUACAUUUUUUGGACGUCAAACUCUUGACAUUUUUUGGAAGUUGAACACCUUUACACUUCAACUCAGACUGAGAUCUAUGGACUAUUUUCCUAUAUGGCACCUUGUAUAUUUGUAUAUAGCUAUGAACUGUAAUGGUGCUCUGGUAUAGAAUGUUUUUGUAUUGGCUCUACGUUUGAAUAUUAAGUAAUUGUUGUGCAUUCAGUGCAGUCAACAAUUAAGGGCCGGUAUGUUAGAGCCGAUUUGGGCAUAUUUGUAUAAAAGACUGAACAUACUGAGCUCCAUGUACAUUUGUGUAAAUAUAUUAAAUAUUAAUGUAUAUGAUGAAAUAUUAGGUACGUACCUUUAUGAUUUAUUUACCGGAUUGAGAUAUAUUCAUUUGUUAUUAGUGUAACUCAGUUUUUGGCCCCCCCUCUUGCCCAUUCAUUGUACUGUGUUAAUUGUGUUAGUAUAAAGGCAGGAAGUUGGGCCUUCGGGGGGGGGAGUCCUUGCUAGAUGCGGGAGCGGUAUAGUUUUUUGACCAUAUAGACAUAUAGACAUAUAGACAUAUAGACAUAUAGACAUACAGACAUACAUACAGAAAGACAGACAGGUCAUAUUAUAUUAUGUAUUUGCAUUUCAAGUAAUCUCUGCUUUAAGUUGAUUGGAGAAUACCUUUUUGUUAGAUAAGAAGAAUAAACAUUUUUUGUUGCACCAUAUCCCUGGAUCUCAUUGAAUGUUUGGCCGUUUGGAAACGUUAAGUGUGGACUGUAUGCGUCCGAAACAACCCCGCUUCAGGCUUGGGCAGUGGCUAUGGUAAAGAGGAAAGGAAGCCACUACACCUGUCUUGCAGGAAA